AUGAGGACUUCGGCCAUCUGCAAGCCCCAGGGCCCGGGAAAGCGCGGUCAGAGGAGCCGCAAGGACGCGGAGACCGACGCGACGCCACCGCCCCCACCCAAGACCUCGGGUUGUGAACCCCGCUCCCGCGCGGUCCGCGCGUUUCCUCCGGCAGUGCCCGCCGUGCCCGCUUCGGCACCGCCAAGCCCUGCUCGCGGCCAUGGCCCUACUGGAGGAGGCGCUGCCCUCACCAACCCGAUGAUCCCAAGCCUGCAGGAGGAGGCGCCACCCUACCCGCGCCCAGGACUCAAUGGGGCCGAUGCGUCUGAGUCAGAGGGAGACGUCCUCUUGGCCAAGGAAGCUGCCACCCAUCUGCUGGGUUAUCAGACGCCCCUCAGCUUCAUAGCCCAUAGCCGGGGUGUGGUCCAUAACGCGCUGCUCAUCCUGGCCGCCUCCCUCGACGGCCAGAUUCCCCGAUUCCUCCCUGGACGCGGGGCAGUGGGGCCCCACUCUAUGCACCAGCUGGCCGCCCGCGACGCCCUCAUCGCGCGCCUCCGCGCCCGCCUGGCCGCGCAGGAGGCGGACGCGGCGCCGUCGCUCGUGGACGCGCUGCUGGAGCAGGUGGCGCGCUACCGGGAGCAGCUCCGGCUGCAGGAGGGCGGCGCCGGCGAGGAGAUGGCCGCGCUACGUCAGGAGAUCGAGAGGUUGAAUGAACGCCUGCAGGAAAAGGAGAGGGCAGCCCCCGCGCCGACGGAGCCCCCGGGCGGCCCGGAGGAGGAGCUCGCCCUGCUGCGGAGGAACGUGGCCGAGCAGGCGCGGGCCCGGGCCGUCGGCGACGUGCUGUGCCGCUCCCUGGCCAGUGAGGCCCACCAGCUGCGCAGGACGCUGGCCGCCACCGCCCACAUGUGCCAGCAGCUGGCAUGGUGCCUGGAGGAGAAGCAGCGAGCAGGCGGGGGCACGCGGACCCUGGACGAGCCAGAGCACGCCAGCGGGGACGCCCCCGUCCAGGCUGAGGUUGAGAAGUUACAGGAAGAAAACCGGCAGCUGAAGGCCAAGGUCGCUCACGUGGAGGACCUUAACGCCAGGUGGCAGCGGUAUGACGCCGGCCGGGAGAAGUACGUGCGGGCGCUGCAGGCCCAACUGCGGGGACUGCAGGGCCUGUGCCAGCCCGAGGGGCCCUCCACGGCCCCGCUCCUGAGGAAGGAGAUCUCCAGGCUCAACCAGCAGCUGGAGGAGACACUUGACAAGUGCGUGGAGGCCCGGCGGGAGCUGGCGGCCACGCGGGGAGCCUACGACGCUGUGAUGGAGCGGGCACAGAUGCUGGAGCAGCAGAUCCUCGUGUACAAGGACGACUUCUCAUCGGAGCGGGCGGACCGGGAGCGCGCUCAGAGCAGGAUCCAGGAGCUCCAGAGCAUGGUGGCCGCCCUGCAGUGUCAGCUGCCUCGGGGACAGGACACCAGGGAGCCAAACCAGACCUGCCCCAUGAGCAGCUCGCCCAAGGAUUUGGAGACGGAUGCCCCAAGCCCAGUGGGGCUGGGGUCCCCGCGGCUGGAGGCCCUCGCAGUGGGUGGGUGCCCCGACACAGACCCCAGGGGCCAAGGGGACCUCCAGUGUCCCCACUGCCUGCAGUACUUCAGUGACGAGCAAGGGGAGGAGCUGUUCAGGCACGUGGCUGAGUGCUGCCAGUGA